CCGAUUCCUAAAUAUUAUCUUCCAUUCAUCAUUCUCCCAAUUAAUUGGCUCUCUUCUCUCCUCUUCUUUCCCUAUUUUUGCUCAAAAAAUAUUUUCCCGCCACCACUCGCCGCCGUAUGAUCUUUUUGGUGGCGGCGAUUACACCAUCUUUUUGUUAGUUUUAUUAAUAUGGGUUGCGGUGGCUCAAGGCUAGGAGGUGUGGCGGCGGCGAGAGCGGAUGAGGGUGGAGUUGUGCCACUUCCAGCCGGAAUACGCCCGCUUCUCCGGCGGAGACUAGAGGAGAUGAAGAAACGGAGCCAUGCAGGCGUUUUGAAAGGGAACCAAACGCUGUCGAAGAAGGAGCUUCUCCGGCACGGCUCCUCCGAGGACGGAGAAGAGACGGAGGAGAUCGACGACAGCUUGAAGUUAUCGGCUAAGGUGGCUCCGGCUCCUAAUCAUCACGUGGAAGAGAAGAAAGAGGUUAUUUAUGAGAAGAUUUCGUCGCAAAAUGAUUUUAAAGAGGUGGCAAAGGAGGAAGCUGUUGGGAAGAAACAGGAGGAGGAAGCUGUUGUGAAGAAACAGGAGGAGGAAGCUGUUGUGAAGAAACAGGAGGAGGAAGCUGUUGUGAAGAAACAGGAGGAGGAAACUGUUGUGAAGAAACAAGAGGAGGAAAAGCAUCAUGAUCGUGUUGAUGAGUCCAUUGAUGUUAAGAAGGAAGGAGAUGAUGUUGUUGAUCAUGAUGAGGUUAUCAAUGUUAAAAAGGAAGAAGAUGAUGGGGUAGAUCAUGAUGAAGGGAGGCUGAGCAACUUAGAUGAGAGGAUGAUAUGCCCUGGAUCUCCAAGCUUUAGGGUUUAUUGCAUUGAUGUUGCUUCUGCUGUUGAUGAAGAAGAAGAAAAAGAUGGAGAAGACACAAGAAAGUCGGUGGAAACCGAAAGCGUCAUCAUAGACGACACAAAAGAGGAUGAAAGCAUCGUCAAAAAAGAGAAAAGGGUAAGAAAAGGAAAGAGAUUCGGAAUCGCAUUGCCGAGGAAGUAUUUAUCCAAUGUGGCUGCACCGUGCUAUGCUGGUGGAGGAUGUAUGGGGAGCAACACUCAUUCUCGUCUGGUGCAAGAGAAAUCGAUCCAGUGAUUGAUGAUUAAAAUAUCAUGUAUGGUGAAGGAAGAACGAUGUGUGGUGUACGUACGGGGCGAUGAAUAAUCAUCAUUAACAACUCACAACGUAAACCAUUAAUAAGAUUUUAGAUCUUUAUUUGUGUUUAACAGACUAUUAUUUCAGAAUUUGUACGACCUCUUCUUCAUCUUUUGCUUUCUCUCAGGAUAAGUUAGUACUGUUUGACGAAGUUUACUUUUUGUUUUCACGUGGAAAGAUUUAAGUAAUUGAGCUUGUGCAGUAACCAAAAAGUGUUGUCUAUUUGUAACUGUGUUUUGAUUUUUCUUUUUGUGGCUAAAAUGUGAAAACGAUUGUUCAACAACAAAAUUAUAUACAUCACCCGGUGCAAAUUUCUAUAUAUGUAAAAUUGAAAAAUC